CAAGUGCUACUGACAUUGCAGUUCCUCGCUACUGGGAACUUUCUCAUCACAGCCGGUGACGUGGUCAACGUGCACGAAGCAACAGCCUGUCGUGUAGUGCACCGCGUCGUUGCAGCGCUGUGCAAGAGGGUCGGAAAGUUCGUCCGGUGGCCAAGAGGUGAGGAGAUAGCAAGGGCCCAACACCAGUUUUAUCAGCUGGCCAGUUUUCCUGGGGUUGUGGGAGCAGUGGACGGCACCCAUGUCCGCAUCCAGGCACCGUCAGCACACGAGACAGUUUUCGUCAACCGCAAGAACUACCACUCCAUAAAUGUUCAGCUCAUUGCGGGUGCUGACUGUAAGAUCUUGGACGUGGUUGCGAACUGGCCCGGUGCCACCCAUGACUCUAGGAUACUGCGUGAAAGCACCAUUGGGAGGGAGCUGGAAGCUGGAGUCCACACUGGGCUUCUUCUUGAUGACAGCGGGUACCCCUGCAAACGCUGGCUGAUGACACCGUUUCUCCAGCCCCGAAACAGAGCACAAGAGAAGUACAAUGCUUCACACUCGACAACAUGGGCUUUGGUAGAGCGGACAAUUGGUCAGCUGAAAAGGAGGUUCCACUGCCUUCACAGUGAGCUGCGAGUGCUAACAAAGCAUACCUGUCCUAUCAUCGUGGCAUGCUGUGUCCUUCACAACAUAGCCAAAGAUUUCGGCAGUGAAGUGCAGGAGGCAGACAGCAACAAUGAUCACGACCCCGAUUACGACCCCCAGCUGGUGUCCAGUUAUGAAGGACGUCAGGAUGGCUUCAUGCACAGAGAUGCCAUCGUACGUCAGCAUUUCACAUGA